UGCUGUCGGUAUUUACUAGUGCGAAGUGGCCUGUGCAAAUGCAGGCAGAGUCGCGGUCGCUGUCGGUUUCCGGGUCGCAGAGCUUAUAUGUGUGUGUGUGUGUGGUGUGCAUUUGCGAGUUCACGCCUGUGACAACAUAAAAUCACGUGUAUAAAGGCAGCAUUUAUUUACUUUUUACCCAUAGUGGGGAGCCCUUGCUGACUGCUCUGCUGUGCGUUAUUCCUUACAGGUGCCUUUCCCGCUAACAGCAGCCACAACACAAUAGCAACUGCGACAAUAAGAACGGUUUGAGUUUGUCGCUAUUUGCCGCCCGCUGUCGACGACGCCAACAAAAAGCAACACACACUCGCACAGAAGACGAUGACGGCCAAAAGUGAUAAGGAAAUACUGGAGAAUUCCAUGUACGAAGACGAUCCCAAUGGCAAUUCAGCACCCACAGCACUUCAUCCGCAGGAGGACAGGCAGACGACGUCAAAUGAAGCAUCAACAGCGAGCACCAGAACUACUACGGCAGCAGCAGUAGUGACCUCGCCACGUUGGGGCCCUCAAAACAAAGGUGCCCAGGAGCUGGCAUCACUCUAUAGUCCAGGUAAACGUGCCCAGGAAAUCAUUUGUGUUUACACCUGCAUCGGUCUGAUGAUCAUCAAUUUGGCCCUGAUUGCGAAACACAUGCGUCUGGAGCGCAUCAGCGUGGCCUUCAUCUCUGCAUUGUGUGGCAUUAUAACGGCCGACUUUGCCUCCGGACUGGUCCAUUGGGCAGCAGAUACCUGGGGCUCUGUGGAUUUACCCAUAAUUGGCAGGAACUUUUUGCGACCCUUUCGUGAACACCAUCUGGAUCCGACUUCAAUAACACGUCACGAUUUCGUUGAGACAAACGGGGAUAACUUUAUGGUUGGCAUACCCAUACUUGGCUAUUUGGCGCACUAUUUUUACAUAAAGACACCGUACGAAAUACAACAGAAUUUCGGCUGGAUCGCUUAUGUAUUUCUAUGCUCCAUAUUUGUGGCUAUGACGAAUCAGAUACACAAGUGGUCGCACACGUAUUGGGGCCUGCCACGAUGGGUGCUGUUGCUCCAGAACUGUCAUAUAAUUCUGCCGCGCAAGCAUCAUCGCAUUCAUCAUGUGGCGCCGCACGAGACUUACUUCUGCAUAACCACCGGCUGGCUGAAUUGGCCACUGGAGCAGCUUAGAUUUUGGUCAAGGUUUGAGUGUAUUAUUGAACGCUUUACUGGCUUAAAGCCGCGCGACGAUGACUUGAAAUGGGCUAAGAAACUGACAUAGCUAUGCCUUAGCCAACUGUAUAUAAAACUUGGACCAAGCAGCGUUAAUUAUAAAGCUUUGCCAA